UAAUAUGAAAAUUGAUGUAGCAAUUUGCUUUAUCUGAAAAAAUCGAUAGACAGCGUAAGAUAAAAUCUACUUGCAAUCAUGGACGUAUUAUGAUAAGCACACAUUAACGAACAGGCAUGCCCAUCACGUGACUUCGUACGGGGGGGUGUCUAUAUAUAUUUGCAUCGAUGUGUCUCCACUUUCAGUAUUUUCUUCAACUUUACAAUGGCGCGGAUACAACUGAUUCUCUUGUCCCUGGUAGCAGUUUCCAUGAGUGUAAGGGGGCUGAAUACGGAUCCUCGGCUCAUUGAAAUCUGCAAUGGAGACUGUGCUGAAGAUCAAUAUGCGAAUGCUGAGUCCUCGGAUCAGGUGGAAUUUGUGGGAGAAAACGAUCUGUACAAUUUAGAAGCAUUUAAUGAAGGUGAUAACACAACAGCUAACACAACUGUAAACACAUCAGAGGAAAGUGACGGUUCAACUGUCGACUCAAGCGGUACCGAGACGACUACAGAUGAAAUUACGGCAUCCAUUACUGCAGAGGAUUCUGACAGUCCACCUUCUGUAACGGAAGAUCCCGGUACACCGAACACAGAAGAAAAUACAGCAUCCACUACUGCAGAGGAUUCUGACAGUCCACCUUCUGUAACGGAAGAUCCCGGUACACCGAACACAGAAGAAAAUACAGCAUCCACUACUGAAGAGGAUUCUGACAGUCCACCUCCUGCAACGGGAGAUCCCACUACAACUAACACAGAUGAAGACACAGCAUCCACUACUGCAGAGGAUUCUGACAGUCCACCUCCUGUAACAGAAGAUCCCGGUACACCGAACACAGAUGAAAAUACAGCAUCCACUGCUACAGAGGUACCUAGUACGAGUGAUCCCGGUUCAGAAACCUCAACUACUGACAGUGGUAUCAGAUCGACAGUGGCAUUUCUCACGUUAGCAGUAACGAGCGGAAUAAGACUCUACUUCUGAAAAGCAAUGAAGCCACGUGCUUCACGACUGAAUUCUCCAGUGCGCUUAUGUAAAAUCUGUAACAAACCUCACGGGUAUUAACAAAAACUCUGGCAUUCAGAACGAAAUUUCACGCACCGCGCCAUAAACCUAGGACGUUGUUCAACAUUAGUAUACUAAAUAAAACACAUUCAGUAUUUUCUUGUGUGCAUUGAUAGUUGACACACACACACCAUUAUUCUAGUGGUAUCGGCCUGAGGGUAUGAGGCUAAUGAAUGUUUCUGCUGCAGUUUAUUAGAGUUGAGGCACUUGUGUCCUGUCUCUUACAGGCUGAUGAAAGCAUUUGGAUACUAAAUAAUAACUGACACUGCAUCUGGAAACCCUAUAUUAUAAAAUGAACUGUAUUAUAUAUAUGAAAAUGCAAGUAUUAAUCAAAUAAACAUUUUUGUUUGAAGAGCAAGGGUUCGUGAAAUUUGUCGUGUUCCAAUUUCUAUGUGCUGUGUCAUUCAAUUUAUGAGUACAGUAGAAUUCGGAUUUUCAUAUCCGCACAACACUCACAGGUUGAUGAUUCUCCUGUUUUGGAAUUUCCUUAAUCCGAUUUCAGCUGGAACGUCAGGAACGGCGCAAUGAGCUGUUAGGGCGGACGUGCUGAGAUAAAGAAUGGUACACAGAGUGUGCCAGUAACGUCAUUCAGCACAUCUUUUUAGACUCAGCAACAAACUAAUCUUGAACUACGAAAACUAAUCAAUAUCUUUAAACUCUACUUAACGACGUGUUUUUAGCAGGACUCAUAAGACACUUGUAUGUUUAAUGUGCCCAUUUGUAUGUCUAUAUCAGAAGCAUUUAUCAACAUAAAUGCAAUCAGGAACAGAGAAACAAAAUCAGUAUGCGCUCAUUUAAAAAAUCGUGGCACAGGUCAUAAUUAAUAUAUAAACGUUUUAUAACAAAGUACGAAUUUUAUCGGGCCUCAAAAAUAAUUUUUGUUCAGAAACAAAGAAUUUCCCUUUGUUUUAUAAUUGAUGCGAAUAAAUAAAUAUUUUCAAUUUGUUCUUCUUAAUUAUCCGAAGAAACUUCCUAAUUUAAAGUCUACAAUUUCUUGAAAUUAUUUAAUGACAACUAAUAAGCAGAGAUUCUAAGCAAGACAGUUAUUUUACAACAAAUAAAGAUGUUACUGACAUAUUUCAUAGUUUUUAUGACAAACUUUGUACAUGUCACAACUGUGAAUGAAUCACUUGUUAUAGCAGGAAUAUGAAAAUGGAAAUGAAUGUAAUUUAAGCUACGAAAUUGCACAAGUGAUAAAUAAACGUUACACCCUGUAUGUUA